AUGGGUCUGGACAGCCAGGGUAACAUGGUUUUCACUGUGGUGAAGCCCGUUAUGAGCAUUUUUCAGGUGUCUUCAGAGCAAGGUAACCUAUCACCAGGAGGGAUGGGAAUGCAGGGUUUAUCUGAAAACGCAUUAGUCCCUUCUCAGGCACAGGGUCAGGCUCCGUUAGACCAGAACCAGGUUGAAAUGCUGAACAUUCAGCAUCAGAUGCAGGGAUCUGCCCCGCUCCAGACGGAGCUCGUGCCCCAGCAUCAAGAGCUGCCACCAGACUUGCACGCAAACUCAGAACCCACCACCGAGAUGCCAUUUGCAGAGGUGUCGUCCCUCCUGGACCCCAACAUGAAAGGAUCCAAGGCUCGGAAAUAUCUAAUCUCUUAUGAUGAAAUUAAACGGCGCCUGCAGCCCCCAGAGAAGAUGUCCCUCCGGUCCCUGGCAGCGUACACCCGGGUCAGCAGAGGCCCAGCCAGCAAGAAAACACUUCUGGAGUCGCUGAAUGUCCUCGGCCUCACGCCAAGCACGACUACCUCCGUGUCGUCCUCGUUCUCCAAACUCACUGAAGGUGACACCAGAGCUCUGUGUGAAGAUAUGAACGAUUUUGCACAUGAUUACAUUGACUAUGGCAACAUGGCGAAACAGCUUAUCCCCGAGACAAAUACCGUCCAACACUGGUCCAAAAUGAUUGAAACGAAGAACCAUCUUGAAGAUAUGCGAAAGUGUUUCAAGGACCCAGUCAACAGUGGUGCGUUCGACAAUGUCACUCAUGGUCUCGGCCUUGGCAUGUUGGAUGUCGCUCUGGACAUGGUUACCAUGGUAAUCGAGCAGCAGAUUCGCAUCCUGUCCGGGGCAGCGGCAUCGGACCCAACCGACUCGGGGCUCCCUAUGCGUCGCAUCCGCAGGCGCCACCGCAAAACCCGCUCUUGCGACAACGAGAAGUCCCACAAGUUGUGUGGAGGGAUGAACGAGCAAGGCAAGAUGUUGAUAAAAAGCAAGGAUCGAGCCCGAGCCAAAAAGAAGAUGAGACAGGAGUCUGAACCCUCUGGUCCCGUCGAGACCCAAACGGAGCAGGGCAAACCAGAUAAUGUGGAUAAUGUCCUGACGCUUGUCUCUGUGGGCUACGAUGCUGUUUCUAGUGGUCUGAGUGCAACAGGAACUGUUUGA